UAGAGGUUACGAUGCUCUCCGCGUGCUUGUGUUAAAAAGUGGACCGCCCUCCUCCCUCAUAUAUGUCCCCUCCCUCAAGAAACCCCCUUCCUAGUAGCCUUUUGUGUUGAUGGUCCCCUACACAGUCACUGCAUUCCUGUUUCGUUUGCUAUCUGCUCAUCCGAGACUCGAGGUCUGUAUUUGAGAUCUCCAUGAGAAAGUAGCCCGAUUGCGAGGAAAUUACUCACAUUUACUUCUGGGACUUUGCUACGUUUUAAGUGGAGUGUCCAGCUCCAUUCAUACUUUUAUCCGUCCACAUACCUUCAGCGGACGAGGGGAAGUGAACACAAAGAUAUUUUGUACAAGCGUGAAAUGGAUUAAGUCGCACUGAGGAAAGCUGGAGCACCACAGACGAACCAAGCGACGGCGAAGGGGUCGGAGGGAGUCGAUGAAUUUCCAACAUCACCGAGAAAGAGAUUUUACACGACCAAACACCAAAAUGAUGUCUCCAAAAGACAAGCCCAAGAAGAAGCCUCCCAAAGACAGCAUGACACUGCUGCCAUGUUUCUACUUUGUGGAGCUGCCAAUAGUGGCAUCCUCCAUGAUCUCGCUUUACUUCUUGGAGUUGACAGAUGUAUUACAGCCAGCCAAAGUUGGGUUCCGUUGCCAUGACCGCACACUGAGCAUGCCCUAUGUAGAAACGGGAGACGAGCUCAUCCCUCUGCUCAUGCUGCUCAGCCUGGCCUUUGCUGGCCCUGCAGCGUCUAUCAUGCUGGGUGAGGCCUUGAUGUACUGCAUGCAGUCCAAACUGAAGAUUCGCCCUGGUUCAGAAGGGAGUAUAAAUGCAGGAGGCUGUAGCUUUAACUCCUUUUUACGCCGAACAGUGCGCUUUGUGGGUGUUCAUGUGUUUGGGCUGUGCGCCACUGCAUUGGUGACUGACGUUAUCCAGCUGGCCACUGGUUAUCAUGCUCCCUUCUUCCUAACAGUGUGCAAACCCAACUACACAAUGCUGGGUGUGGCCUGCGAUAAAAACCCCUACAUAACCCAGGACAUCUGCUCCGGCCGGGACCAGUAUGCCAUCCUGUCAGCAAGGAAAACUUUCCCCUCCCAGCACGCCACACUGUCUGGCUUCGCAGCCGUCUACAUCUCUAUGUACUUCAAUGCCACCAUAUCGGACAGUACCAAGCUGCUGAAGCCUGUGCUGGUGUUUGCGUUUGCUAUAGCAGCAGCCCUGGCAAGCUUGACCCAGAUCACCCAGUAUCGAAGCCACCCGAUUGACGUCUAUGUGGGCUUAGUGAUUGGGGCUGGCAUCGCUAUUUAUCUAGCACUAUAUGCAGUGGGGAACUUUAAGUCCAAUGAAGAAUCCACCCCCAGGCCACUGAAGCAGCCCCCUCCUCCACAAAAAGAUCCUCUAAGAGAACUGACACAGCGUGGACAUGACUCUGUGUAUCAAAAGGCUCAUGCUUCUGAAAGCAAUGAUGAGCUAUCAGCCCCACCACAUGUUGCUGGCCUGAACCGUAAGGUUCAUAGAGAGAAGGCAUCAAUGGGCAGCCUAAAGAGAGCUAGUGCAGAUGUUGAACUCUUGGCUCCUCGCAGCCCAAUGGGAAAGGAGACCAUGGUGACCUUCAGUAACACACUGCCCCGUGCUAACACCAGUGCUAUGGAAGAGCCUGCUCAGCGUCACAUGACCUUCCACGUGCCAAUGGACUCUCAGCGCUCUAAACAGCUGGUGUCCGAAUGGAAGCAGAAAUCAAUAGAGAUGCAUAGUCUCACCUUGAGGGAUGAGGAAGAGGAAGAAGGAGCAACUACAGAGGGAGUUGACGGAGUUGAGGGAGAAGCUUCAGAGGAUCUGGGCAUGCCGAUCUCCCUUUAUCUUACCGUGCAAGCAGGAGGUGCCAGGGCAAUGAUACCUCAGAGGCCCGGUGCCCUGCAGUUGGUUCAUAUCCCAGAGGAAGCUACCAGACCACCACCAGUGUCACCUAAAAGCGCCACCACACGGGCUAAAUGGCUGUCCAUGACGGAGAAAGGAGGUCCAGUACCAGCUGCCACACCAGAACCUCCACGGCUGCCCAACCAGCCACGGGUUAUGCAGGUCAUUGCCAUGUCUAAACACGGUCCGGGUAGCAUCUCUACACCAAAGUCCUCCGAGACCGCCUCGUCCUGUGCCACCUCCAGCACCGGCUCAGAGUCUCCGUACUACCGCAUCCCUUCGGAGCAAGACAGAAGCAGCAUUGUCAUGGUAGACACUCGUGCUCCACAUCACCCAGUAGUCCGUCUUUCUUCAGGCAACAGUAACACAUGGGAUUGGAGGAGCACCUCCAAUGGCAGCACUGAGGUUCACGAGACCAGUCGGACUUUCCCCAGGCAGGAAUGCAUCCGUGAUUAUCGUCCCAUGAAAACGGACUCAUUCUGCUCCUCUACCAGUGAUCCUGACCCAGGGAUCCUGCCUCCACCACCUCAUCCUGACCUGCUUCUCGACAGCAGUCUCAGUCAAGUUUCCUCGCUUUACCGUAAGUCCUCAAUUACAGCUAAAGACUGGGAGCCUGGGCAGCCUCACCCAGAGCCGGACCACUUCUUUAAGAACUUGCAAACAAACAGAUAAUUUCAAGACUGAGGAUGUUACUGUAGGCCAAAGCAGGGACACUACAGACUUCUUUUGAGAGGGACCCAAUGUGAAUAAUUGUAUUUUCAGUGGACGUACCUUUUUGGUUACCUCACAUCAAGCAUCUGGGGUUUAUUAGUGCAUCUGAGCACCAAAAGGAUCACACAGACUUGAGAAGGUGUACAGUACAUGCACAAUCUGUAAGGAAAGAUGACCUACAAACCUCAAAACAUGAAAUACAAAAUCAAGUUGUGAUUGAUACAUUAAGGGUUUCUGUUCUUUUCCAUCUUUGUGAAUUUGAAAUGCAGAAAAUGUUUUCCCAUUCAAGAAGUUCUCAUGAACCAAGACAUAACAACUAACAAUAUUUACAUUAGAGGUUUCAUUCAUACACAAAGACUUACAUUGUAUGUACAAGAAGAACUAGUGUUUCAGACUCAUUGGUGACAUUUUUAUUGUGGGAAUAUGAACAGGUAAGCAGUCUCAUCGUUUUGCUGUAUAUGGAAUCAGUUUUAAGUAGGCCUAGUCACUUUCUCAUUUUUAUACAAAAAUAAGUACUCUGCUUGUGUGUACGUGUUGCAUGUGUGUUUAUUUAUGUGUCUUUUUGACUUUGGGUGGACUGUUAUAUAUAAGCAGGGAUGAUCUCCUUCAUUUUUCCUUUCCUGUUAAGUUUUUUGUAACAAACUUUGAAAAAUAAAUUUGUUAUAAUCCUG